GCGGCGGCGGCGAGGAGGAGGAGGAGGAACAAAUAAACAAUCAUAAUAAUAAUAAUAAUUCAUAAUAAUAAUUAUUAUUGCGAGAAUAAGAAUUUUUUUAUAUUAAAAAAAAAAGCGGGGAGGAGAAAAAAAAAAAAAAAAAAAAAAAGACCAACAGCCCCCCCCACACCCCCGAGCCCAAAAGAGGGAGCGAGAGAGAGCAAGAGCGCAGCGGCCGGGCGGAGCGGCGGAGAGGAAGAAUUAAAGCGAGCGAAGGAGGGAGGAGAGACAGAGCAGAGAGAGAGAGAGAGGAGGAAAGAGGAGGAGGAGGAGGAAAAAAAAAGCCCACAAAAACAAAGCGAUCGCAGUUGAUGUUGCUGCUGCAAGCUGGACUUCCAAAAACUACGGCGAGACCGACCGCUCUCCGCGCCGAGAAGAGUCUCCUCCGCUGUGCGUGUUUUUUUCCGCUGUGUGUGUAAUCUUUAACCUUUUAUUCAUUCUUAUUUUGAUGGCUUUCCUGAAUGGCUGACUGCGAGCUUCCCUGGACCUGGCCCCCAGACACCCGCCUCUCCUCCUUCAACUACUCUGCUGCAGAUCAGCUCUAAGAGAGAGAGAGGGAGAUCUUUGAAGAGAUUUUUUUUUUUCUCCUCUCUCUCUCUCUCUCUCUCCCCCUCUCUCCCCCACCCCCACCACCCCUUUACUUUGCUCUCCUGGAGCCCAGACAAUCGACUCGCACCUCGCCCCCCCGCACACACACCUCCAUCGCCCCGUGCUUCUACACCUUCGCCGGUACCGGGAGAUCCCCCCACCCCGACCCUCCUGAAAAAAAAAAAAAAAAAAAGAGGCAAAACAACAAAAGAGAGAGGGGGAAAGAGAGAGAGAGAGAGGGGAGGACAAAAAAAUAAAAAGACUGCUGCAAAGCUGAUCUGAAAAGCAAAGCAAACAAACUUUGAAAAUAAAGGGGGAACAGGAAGUUUGGCAACGGUGUCCAAUAGAUAUGGCAAUGGUAGUCGGUGCGUGGCGAGACCCCCAGGACGAUGUGCCCGGAGCUCAGGGAACGCAGCCUUCGCAAGCCCCGCCGGUGCAGGGACCCCCGGCCGGGACCCCGCACACCCCACAGACCCCGGGGCCCGGGGGCCCUCCCAGUACGCCAGCCCAGACCAACCCGCCGAGCCAGCAGAACCAAGGAGACAAGCAGCAGCAGCAGCAGCACAUUGAAUGUGUGGUUUGUGGGGACAAGUCUAGUGGCAAACAUUAUGGCCAGUUUACCUGCGAGGGUUGCAAGAGUUUCUUCAAGCGGAGUGUAAGGAGGAAUCUCAGCUACACUUGUCGUGCCAACAGGAACUGUCCCAUUGACCAGCACCACCGCAAUCAGUGUCAGUACUGCCGCCUCAAAAAAUGCCUCAAAGUUGGCAUGAGACGGGAAGCGGUCCAGAGGGGCAGAAUGCCACCCACACAGCCAACUCAUGGUCAGUUCGCCUUGACAAAUGGGGACCCUCUCAACUGCCAUUCCUACCUAUCCGGAUAUAUCUCCCUUCUUCUGAGAGCAGAGCCCUACCCCACCUCCCGCUUUGGCAGUCAGUGCAUGCAACCCAACAACAUCAUGGGCAUCGAGAACAUUUGUGAACUGGCAGCUAGGAUGCUCUUCAGCGCGGUGGAGUGGGCCAGGAAUAUCCCCUUCUUCCCAGACCUCCAGAUCACAGACCAGGUGGCCCUCCUGAGGCUGACCUGGAGCGAGUUAUUUGUCCUCAACGCUGCCCAGUGCUCCAUGCCCCUCCACGUAGCUCCGCUCCUGGCAGCUGCUGGCCUCCACGCUUCGCCAAUGUCUGCUGACCGAGUGGUCGCCUUUAUGGACCACAUACGAAUCUUCCAAGAGCAAGUAGAAAAACUGAAAGCAUUGCAUGUCGACUCUGCAGAAUAUAGCUGUUUAAAGGCCAUAGUCCUCUUCACCUCAGAUGCCUGUGGUCUCUCUGAUGUAGCCCAUGUUGAAAGUUUACAGGAGAAGUCACAGUGUGCUUUGGAAGAGUAUGUUAGGAGCCAGUAUCCCAACCAGCCAACACGAUUCGGGAAGCUAUUACUACGUCUCCCCUCCCUUCGCACUGUCUCCUCUUCUGUCAUAGAGCAAUUGUUUUUCGUCCGUUUGGUAGGUAAAACCCCCAUAGAAACCCUAAUCAGGGAUAUGUUACUGUCUGGCAGCAGUUUUAACUGGCCUUACAUGUCCAUUCAAUAAAACAUUCGAGAGAGAGAGAGAGAGAGAGAGAGAGAAAAAAAAAGAAUCUUAAAAAAAAAAAAUUUAAAAAUUGAGAAGGGAGAUGAGAGUGAAAGGAAAGCAAAUGACAUUUGGGUUCUGGUUGUUUCUUAAAUUUCCUUCUGCUAAGAAAGGAUGUAAAAGGAUGUUACAAGUUUGCUAAGAGAAGACAGGAAAAAAUUAAUGGACUGUGAAUUAAAAAAAGAGACUGUCAAAUGAACUUUUACAGAAUGCAUUAAAAACUCCCGUGUCGUUCAGAAAAAAACUUGCUACUUAUCAUUUUUUUUGUAAAAAAUAAAAAAGAGGGAAAGAAAAAAAGAAAGAAGAAGAAAAGAAACGAUGGUGGGCUUUUUCUUUUUUUCUUUUUUCUUCUUUUUUUUUCUUUUUUUGGGGUAAACUUUUUAAAAAAAUCUCGCUUAAAGUGCAUUUAAAGGAAAUUUGGAGAAAAUUAGCAGAACGGAAGAAAGUAAGUCUUUUUUUUCCAAAUUAUUAAUUGUCCUAUGUGUCUAUGUACCUAUAGCUGUUCUUUUUUGUAUUUUUCUGGUUUCAAACCAGUUUAUUCUGUGGUUCUAUAAUAAUUUUUGAUAUAACCUUGGCUUCUUUAAAAAAAAAAAAAAUAAACUGUGUAUCCUUAAAAUAUAUGUUCUGAAAGAAUUAAAACUGAGUCCACGAAAGUAUCAUAGGAAGAAAGGAAAAGAGAAAAAAACCCCUCAACAACACAAUGAUGGAAGCGCACUUAAGGUGGUGACCCAAAAUCUAGCUUGAAGCUGAGAGAGCUAUAAUUAUAUAGACCCGAAUGAACCACACGUGUCACAUAACUCCCCCCAAAUCUAGGUUUUUUUGAUAUUUCGGACAGAAAAUGAACUGUGGGGACUUAUUAUAGGUAGAAGGAUUUUGUGUCCAAGACACACUACGGUUUUGAUUUUAAAAAAAAAAAACAAGCAAACAAGCAAAGUGAACUUUUGUAAUUUGAAUUGGGUUCCACAUAGUUCAUCAUGAAUUGUUAUUAAACUCCUCUAUCUGUUUGUAUAUUUGCAAGCCCUUUGUAUUAUAAUAAUUGUUGAUAUUUUCCCUUUUUAAAAAAUACCAUUGAAAUCAGCAUGACAAAAUAACACUGUUGGCACUUAUAGAUAACGUGAUUGAUUCAGUAUCUUAGAGUUUACAGUUUUGUGUUUAAAAAAACUGAAGGUUUUUUUUUUUUUAAGUGCAACAUUUCUGUAUACUGUAAAAGUUAUAAUAACUGAACUGUUUGGUCGAGUCUUUGUGUGUUAUAUUCCAAGGAAAAUUGAAAGUAUUCAGAAAUUAAAAUAUUAUUUGAUAUCUGAAA